ACGACGGCGACGGCAGGGAGACGAAUGGAGGGCAAGGACGAAGAAGCUGCUGCUCUGCUCCAAGGCCGGCAUGGUCGCCCUCUCCUCCCUUCUGCCCGAAGCAACCGCCGCAGGUUGUCCAUCCCUGCAUCAGAGGAUGUUUGUGGCCCUAGCCACGGCACAAUGGGUGGUGACCAAGGCACUAGGCCCCGUUGCGGAUGGCGUGCUAGGGGCUUGGGCGGCCACCAGGAACUUUGGUCCCAACAUGGAGGCCCUCAGCACGGAACUGUUGCUAGUAAAGGCCAUGCUCGAGCAGGCUGCCCUCAAGGAGCUUAGUGGGCCAGCCAUGGAGAUGCUGCUGCAGAAGCUACAGGAUUUGGCGCACAAUGCUGAAGACUUGCUGGAUGAGUUGGACUACUUCCGCAUCCACUGCAAGCUCCACAAGACGUACGAUGCAGCAGACCAGCAUGGCAAAGGUGGCGUCCAUGACCUCGCACUCAAUGUCCACCACACCGCCAAAGCUGUUGGCAAAUCAGCCAACUGCUGCCCUUGGCAGCGUGCUAAGCGAAAACAGAGGACAUGCGGCGAUUCCUUUUCGGCCCCAAACACCAAUCAGAAGCUCAGCAGAUGCAUGCCCAAGCUCGGUAUACUCCUCCCUUGCUCCUCUUCUCCACAUACACAUGUUGGUGAUGAUGAUCAUGGUAAUGCACAAGAUAUUCCACAACUUGAGUUUAAUAGGGUUCAUUUCUCUCAAAAGAUGAAGGCCAUUGUAGAAAAAUUGCAGCUUAUGCGCAAUGAGGUUAACAAGAUUCUACAAGGUUGUGGCCCUAGAAUUGUCAUAGACAUUGCCCAGAGUCGUCCCAUCACCAGAGCUAAGAGCACAGAGCCAAAACUAUACGGGAGGGACGGCGUCAUGAAUAGCAUCAUACAUGAUAUCACCAAGGGUCAAUAUUGUGACAAGGGUCUAACCGUGCUUCCAGUUGUUGGUCCAGGGGGAAUGGGGAAAACAACUCUGAUACAACAUAUAUAUCACAACCAGCAAGUGCAGAAUCAUUUUUCAGUCAAGAUUUGGAUAUGUGUGUCAUUCAAUUUCAAUCUGGAUAAGGUGCUGGAACAGGUUCAAAGAUAUACCCCUGCAGUUGAAAGUGAAAAACAGUGUAGUACAACUGAAGAGCUGAUUGAACAAAGAUUAAAAUCUAAAAGGUUCUUACUUGUACUGGAUGAUAUAUGGCAGAUUAGUAAUGGAGAUGACUGGAAAAAACUAUUGUUGACACUUGGUCAAUCACAAGAAAAGGGUUCUAUGAUUCUGGUCACAACUCGGCUUAAAAACAUAGCAGAACAAGUCAAAACAAUUGACCGUCCAAAAGAACUUUACGGUUUAGAACAUGAAGAGUUUAAGAAGUUAUUCCUUGCAUUUGUCUUUGAUGAUGGGAAAUAUCCUAGGAAUAAACCUUUUUUGCUUGAGAUUGGAGAUCAGAUAAUGGACAAACUAAAGGGUUCCCCUCUUGCAGCAAAAACUGUUGGUAGAUUACUGAGUAAAGAACUUAGUUUGCAACAUUGGAAAGGGGUCCUAAAAUGUAAAGAAUGGGAGAAGCAGACCGAUAACAAUGAGGUUAUGCCUGCCCUGAAGCUUAGCUACGACUUUCUCCCUUUUCAUCUACAACAAUGUUUUUCCUAUUCUGCAUUGUUUCCUGAAGAUUACCAUUUCAGAAGCCAUGAGCUCAUCAGCCUGUGGACUGGACUAGAUAUUUUGAUACCUUGUGGUCAACAUCAAACAUUUGAAGACGUGGGUCUGAGUAAUUUAAAUGAGUUGAUCAUCCAUGGAUUUUUCAGAGAAGAGCAAACUGAUGGUGAUCGGCGGUAUGUUAUGCAUGACCUACUGCAUGAUUUGGCACUGAAAGUUGCUUCUCAUGAUUGCCUUAGUUUACGUCUCCCUAAUAUUGGAUCCGUAGAAAUUCAGCCAUCGACCCGUCACUUGUCUAUAAUCACAGAGGACAUAGGUGAAUCUGAUGCAACGUCUGGUGAAAAAUUAAAGAGUGCAUUGGAGGAAAUGAAGACAAUAUUGGAGGUUGAACAUUUGCAAACAUUGAUGCUAUUUGGAAAAAUGGAUGAAAGUUUUAGCAGGAUAUUUGGUGAUUGUUUUGGGGAAGCUUAUGCUCUCCGUGUUCUUUAUUUGCCCAACAUGAUGCAUCCCGUGGAGUCCGUGUUACAUAACUUUUCAGGACUUUUCCAUCUACGAUACCUAUGUCUAGGGACAAAGGAUGAUCAGAUGCAUUUACCACUUAGCAUCUCUAAAUUUUAUCAUUUAGUGAUUCUAGAUCUUGAGUUGUGGGUUGGCAGUCGUGUUUUGCCCGAAGACAUGAGCAACCUUUCCAAAUUGUGCCAUUUUUAUGUUCCAAGUGAUGAUCAGCUUCAUUCGGGUAUUUAUAAUGUGGGAAAACUUAAACUCUUGGAAGAGUUAAAGAUGUUUCAAGUCAAUAAAAAAAGUGAAGGGUUUGAACCAAAGCAACUAGAGCAUUUGACCAAGCUAAGGGAGCUUGGCAUCUACAACCUUGAGAAAAUACAUACAAAAGAAGAAGCAGCUCAAGCAAAAUUGAUAGAGAGAAAACACUUGAGGAGGUUAAAAUUGGACUGGGAUUGUGAGCGAUCUAGUGUUGAGCCUGGUGUGGAAGCAGAAGUUCUUGAGAACCUUCAACCACAUGGAGAUCUUCAAGUGUUGUGCAUUAGAGGGCAAGGAGGCCUUUCUUGUCCAACAUGGAUGGGUGAUGAGUUUGCUGUUGAAGCUCUAAGAUCUCUUUAUCUUGAUUGUGUUUCUUGGGAAGUUUUCCCUUCUUUAGGGAAGGCGUGGGAUCUUUGUGAACUGAAAUUGAAGCAUAUUGCUAGACUGAAGGAGAUUAUUAUAGAGGAAACCUUUUGCAUGCUAAUAAAACUUGAACUCAUUGGCCUAGGAAGUUUUGAAAAAUGGGGUUUCCUAGAUGUACAAGAGUCUUCCAUGGAUGCUGAUAUUUUCCCUUGUUUGCAAGUGCUGAUUAUUAUAGAUUGCCCAAAACUCUUGGGAUUGCCUUUCUCAAGCCACAUUGUUUCCCAAGGUUGGUUUCACAAACUACAAAAGUUUAGGAUAGAGUACUGUCCACAAUUCUCAUCAGUGAUUCCCAUCUCCUGGAUUGGUAGUCUCAGUAGUUUCUCUAUGCAACAUGUCAAGCUACUAGAGCAUUUUUAUAACGGCUCAAUAUCAUCUGAACUGCACAUUACUGGAGAGGAUGGUCUGCAUAGCUUGGACCAAGUGUUAGAUUUUGAUGAAGAAACAAGUCUUGAAAAGUUGUGGCUCCAGAGGUGCCCACCUCUGGAGUUGAAGCACAUUCGGAUGCUAACCUCACUAAAGAAACUGAUUAUAAAAAGUUCAUAUGAUCGGGUUGGAUCACUAGGAGGUCAGGGUGAUAUGAGUUGGCAGCUCCCAGUUUGGUUUCCGAAACUACAAGUGCUUGAGAUAUGGGACUAUCCAGAAUUCUCAUCAGUGUUUACCAUCUCUUGGAUUGAAAGUCUGCAUUAUGUCAGGAUACGACGUGUAAAGAUGCUAAAAUACUUUAGGUACUCAAAAUCAUACGGAGCAGAACUGGAAAUUGAGGGAGAGGGUGAUCUGCAAAGCUUAGACCAAGUGUUAGUUUUUGAUAAAGAAACAGGUCUUCAGAAGCUGACACUCUACAAUUGUCCACCUCUGGAGUUGAAGCACCUUCUGAUGCUAACCUCGCUGAAGACAUUGAUUGUAGGCGAUUCAGAUUGUCUGGUUGGACCACUAGGAUGCCUGGGUGAUGUGGAAUGGCAGCUUCCUGUUGAGCAUAUGCUGAUCAUGGGCUUAAAUUGUAAUAUUGGCGAGGAAUUGACAGAGCUCCUCCCCCACCUCCCAAAGCUCUCCAAAUUGGACAUAAGAUAUUGUAAAAAUAUAAAACAACUGGUAGUGGGGGUGGAUCUGCAACAAAUUACAGAGAUUGAAAUAAGAGCAGCAGCAGCAGAUGAAGAUGAUGAUGGGGUGCUGCUCUUCCCAGCUCAUCUCUGUAACUCACUACUGGAAUUGGAGUUCUAUGACUGCCCAGAGCUGGUCCUGGUGGACCCACCAACUCUUGUUCCUGGAGGAGGAUGGCUCCAAGCCUUGCGAUCCCUCCAGAGAUUGACAAUAAAUGGUUCCCCCUGGUUUCUUUUCACCUUCUCGUUUUCCCGUCACAUUUUCCCUUCCUCCCUGCAGUUCCUGAAGCUUAAGAGCAUGGUAGGCAUGGGGACACUGAAACCCAUCUCAAACCUCUCUUGUCUGAUGACAUUAGAAUUGAUUGAUUGCGGAGAGGAUCUGAAAUGUCAAGGUUUGCAGCCUCUCCUUACCACCAGGGGGCAUAUCAACGAAUUACAAGUCUUUGGCAGCCCUGGUUUCUUUGCUGGUUGGGAUCCCAAUCCAAAACAUGAUUUGGAGGAGCUCCUUUCUGCACCCACACUGCAGGAGCUCUCCACAGAUGACAUAGCAGGACUCCUUUCUGCACCCAUCUGCAACUUCCUCUCUUCAUCCCUCACCAAGCUGGAACUUCAUGGGGCAAGAAGACGCCCUUCAGUUCCUCUCCUCCUUCCAGAAAAUCCUUUCGCGUUUCAUAGGUCUGAAAGCAUGGAGCGCUUCAGCAAGGAGCAAGUGGACGCCCUUCAGCUCCUCUCCUCCCUCCAGGAACUUAAGUUUUCGGAUCUCCACAAGCUUCAGCAACUCCCUGCAGGGCUGUGCAACCUUACCAGCCUAGAGAAGUUAACAGUCUGCGAUUGUUCAGUCAUCUCUUCAUUGCCUAACGAUGGCCUCCCCAAAUCACUACAACAGCUAGUUCUCUACUACUGCAGCGAGGAGCUAAAACAGAAGUUCAGGGAGUUAGUUGGGACAAUCCCAGAAAUCACAAUAGGCCGGUGAUCCAAGGAUAAUGCCUUUUAGUGCUCUUCCCUUUCCAUACAAACACAUUUGCCACAUGCAUGUCGUUCUACCUUCCUGUACAAAAAUCUGAUGUUCGUUCAAUCUUAUGGGCUUCUUCGUCUUUUCCAUUUAAAUUUGGGUUACUGUCCUUCAUCAAGACGUGGUAGUCUACUUCCCUAUUUUGGGUGUCACAAUCGAAAUAUCACCACGGCUUCAGUAUGGAAUAAAUGAGACUUUGGGUCAAGCUACAGAUAUUAAGGUGUUCUAGUGUUUGUUUGGUAGGCUUUGCAGCCACUUCUGUUUACAUUUUGUCCAAAACUCAUGAAGACCUGAUGGUGUACCUGGAAUGUUUAGUUUUAGGGAAAACAAUGUGUGUUUUGCUAUUUAUUGAUAAUAAGGUUUCCAGUUUUUCAAUCCAGUUGACAUUCUACUGAUACCAGGAUCUUCACAGGAAAGCCUGCAUACCAAUGCAGUGCACCCCUGGUGCCAAUUCAGAUCAUAGGGACCAGUUGCCGACCGAACAGCUCGAGCAACAGAGCUCUGACCGAACCCCCUGGUGUCCAACCCUGCCCGGUUAAGGCCGUGUGCUAGACUGAGCUUUCGUGUUCAUGCAGAAGAUGAUGGAGAUGCACGAGACGAUCAAACUGCUAGAAGGCUCAAACCAAGGAGAUAGUCAUAGCCAGCAUUCAGCCGGCAGCGAGUUCAGCAGGAGGAUGGCCCAGCCGCUUGUAGAUCGGCAGCGGCAGCACCUCCUCUCUGGCUGUACAGUAAGUUGUUACAGCACUUGCGAUCUGAUUACAGUAAGUCGUAUACAGGUAAAGCAAUUUGCUCUAAUCAGUUGACACUAAUUUGCCUCCAUGUGGUACCUGCGCAUAAUGUGGCUCCGUGUCGUGGCUCUCCACGGUGCUGACAUGGAAAUACAACACUUCUGUUGAGAGGAAUGUUAUGAAGAAGAAGCUCAGGAUCCAAUCGUUGGCCAUAUAUACCGAGAUACAGUUUCCAGUAUUGAUUGAACUGGAACAAGGAAGCAAUUGAUAUAUAGCCUGAUUGUAAAGGCCAUAUGUGAAGCUGACAGGAAAGGGACCAAAGUUGCUAGUCUUGGACUCCUGAGUCGGGUAUAUAUUUCUCCAGGUGUCCAAACUAUUCUUCAUCAUCAGUUCUCAUGAUCGUGAUUCGCUCAAAAAGGAAAUUUAACCCAGCAAGCCGAGAUCGAAACUGCCAAAGAGUUUGGUCUGCUGCAAUUCUGCACGGGUUCCGCCACGCCAUUGCUAGAGCUUGAUGGUCAGGUUGCAAUUCCAUGGAGUAAGAGUUAUGCAGAUAUAGAUGACACAAUUUCCUUGAUGGAGCAAUGCUAAGGAAGAAGAAGCAAAUCGACACAUUCGCUAGACUGGCAGAAGUGUGCACCAUGUUUGUAAGAAUUAAUGGAUUUGGGGGCUGUUUUAUUCAAAUUUCCUCGAGCGUUGUUGCUCGAUCACAAAAAACAGAGCUUGAUUAGUUUCAAGGAUGCAAAGGUUGGCUGGAUUCUAUAUAAUUGUUGCAUCAUCUCAGGAAUUAGUGAUAGCAUUGUUACAGAUAGAGCUAUGUAAGUGUCCUGCUGAACAUGGAUGGGAUGGGAGUGCUCUUCUCACUUUGAUGCCUUUGCGCCAAGUCCAGUUCAGAAAGGCCAUCAUGAGCCGUCAAGUUCAAUGCUGAUGCCAUGCGCUUUCAGAGCGGCGAGUGCGGGUGGCCGUGAUGCGUGACCAGCUGACCACCAUGGCGGUAGUGUAUACCAUUGCCAAGGGACAGAAGCUUUGUUAGUGUGCAGACGUGGAGAAGAAGCUGCGGAGCCGAGAGCUUUGGUGUCGUGGGUUUGACUAAAUAUGGUGGUUCUCUACUAUGUUCUCUGAAGACUACUUUUAUGUUUGUUAGAGCCAUUCGCGACUGUACCAGAUGAAGAAGCUUUGAUAUAGUAGCAGCCUGUGUGCAAGUUGAUUGCUAUGAACAUGCCAUGUUAAUUGAAUGCAUGC